CCCAACAAAUCAAAAACAGAGAAAAAUGGCAUCCAUUUUUGCUUCCACCAUCACCACCACUCUUCUUCCCAAGAAACCUUCCACUCUUCUUGGGACGACAUGCAAAAUGGGAAAAGUGAGAUGCUCUGUAGAUCGAGGGACGUCGAAGGGGAUCUCACAACGAUUGGUGAUGACAACUGUAUCGUCGUUCGUUGCUACAACGAUGGUUGCAACCAUGUCGAGCCCAAUAGCGAUGGCUCUGGUGGACGAGAGAAUGAGCACAGAAGGGACCGGACUCCCCUUUGGUCUAAGCAAUAACCUUCUUGGUUGGAUCUUGUUUGGCGUGUUUGGUUUGAUCUGGACCCUUUACUUUGUCUACACUGGAAGUCUUGACGAAGAUGAUGACUCUGGUCUAUCACUUUAGUAUAUAGGGUUGGGUUCGUACGAGACCAUGAUGGUUUCAUGGGACCCGUGAAACCACUUUUUUACACUUGAAACUUCAUAGAAAAUACUGUGAAGGUAAAAAAAAAAUCUAAACCUUCACAAAAAACAUUGUGAAGGUUACCUUUACAGUGUUCAUCUGUGAAGUUUCAAGUGUAAAAAGUAGCCUCACGAAAACAUGUUGGUAUCACGUGAUCCCAAAACUUAGUAUUUACUAGAACAUAAUGUUUUUUUUCACACUGAGUUGAGUAUAUGUUUUAAGAAAGUUAUUAAAUGUAUUCGUUAACGGAUCAAAUAAGUCAUCUAUUUACAAA